AUGGAAUUCAUCAAGUUUCUGUUGACUACUGUGGCUGUCGCUGGUCCAACGACACCUAUCAUAUACAACUUCUCCGUGCAGGCUUCUACCCUGCUACGACUGACGCCCCACAAACCUGCACAACCAUCCAAUGUCUCGAAGCGCUAUCAUUUGCUGACGCUACAUGGGAAGAUCACGGGGUGGGACUUCUAUCGCUCAUUGGAGACCGAAACCAAUGCUAUGGGUGUUAAACCCCCGGACCGUUAUCAAGUCUUUCUUCGCAUCGCACGCGAAUACCGACAUCUACUCUCUCUCAAACGCGCAGGUCGUGGCUAUGACUCAAGGGGCAUGUUGGGGACAACGCCAGGAGAAUUGGCUGUUCGCUGCCCUGCUUGUCCGCGUCCUGGAGUUAAUUUACCUGAUGACUGA